AUGGCAAAUAAUGGGGGAAACUACAGUGAGAUCGCUGUGUAUUCAUUAAAAUUAAAUCUGUGGAAGACAUAUCGGUACACUGCUUUUCUAUAUCUGGAGGAACGACUAGUGUUUUUUCAAGGAAUUUUUCACUGGAUGCAAUUUUUAGAAGAUGAUGACCACCCUAGAAUGAUUGGCUCUUUUGAUAUUGAUAGCAAAGCAUUCAAAUUAAUGCCAUUACCGCAACAUAUAUCAAACAAGGACGAUAGCGGCAUAUAUAUUCGUCUUUUGGGAGGCUGUUUGUACCUAAUUGAAAGUAUGGGCAUGUCAUGUUGUGAGGUAUGGAUGAUGAGUGAUCAUGGUAUACCCGAGUCCUGGACUAAAAUGUUCAGUAUCGAUGAAAUCCUUGGUGGUGGAUAUUUGCUUCCGCAGCAAUCCUUCAAGAAUGAUGUGAUAUUUAUACAGGCAAAGAACAAAUCUUAUUUGUAUGAUCUCAGAUAUAAAAAGAUUCGAAAAUCUCAGAUCAGUUUCAUUCCGCAACAUACCUUCACAUGGCCUAUUUUGGGAACCUUGGUUUCACCUAAUCUGUGUACUUCUUUGAGGGAUGCAGUAAGUCACAAGAAGCUUAAUAAGAAGGCAAAGCAUAAAGAUGUGAAAGAGCGUUACGUGGAGGAAAAUGGGGAAGCAUUCACAUUUGAUGAAAGUUAUCACUUCAUGGUAUACCAAAUUCUAGAAUAUUCCCUGGUCUUUAUGGUGGGUGAAUUGGACUCAAAUUCAUUCGAUGAAGAUUGA